AUGGGCAUUCAACAUAAAAGGCGAAAAAUUAACUAUAAAUCAAAAUGGAUUAUAAUAGUAAUUAUGGAAAAGAUUGUUACUGAAACACUUACCCAGAUUAGAGAAGUAAGGAAAAAUCUGCUAGAUAUAAAGCAAAAGCAAUUACAAGAAAAUAUUCUGCAAAUUAUUGCUUUUUUGAAUAAAAUUCAACAAGCAAUUUCAAUUUAUGAUUAUUGAAAAGUUCACUAUACAGCCUUGUAUUGCUUUGCUCCUUCUGAUCUCAUGAAGUCAGAAAGUUUACAUCUUCAGCAUAAGUUGUUGCCCAUAGAAAAUUCAAAAUGUCGAAUUUUCUUGCCACACCUAUAGUGCGCCUUGCGCUCUAGGUCCUUGCCCGGUUAAGGCUAUACUACAGGAUUUAAGAGCAUGGGCCGAUUCCCAUCCCAUUUUAAUAUAUUAAAAUCUAACAAGCAAUUGCGAAAUAUUACGACAAUAAUUCCUCAAUACAGGAAGGAAAUUUAGCAUUCGGGAUUGUCGCAAUAAAAUUUAUCAGCAAAUAUCUUGACCAAUUGCAGAAGCUCGCUCAGAAAAUCCAUCACAAAAAAUAUAAAAAUAAAUAUAAAGACCAGAUUAUAAUUACUCAAGCCAAGUUUGAUACAAUAAGUGAAUUUUUCCCUAAUGCAUUUAGAACAAGCCAAGACGAUAUAUUUUGCUUACCCCAUCCAAAUAAUUUUUAAAAAUAUUUUAUUAAUUUAUUUUUUUUACAUUAUUAGAGUUAGAAAAAACUCAUCAGCGAUGGGCAAGACUCGAAUCAGUAACAAAUCGUAUCCAAAUUGCUGAGCCCAAAGCUCUAAAGCAAUCAUGAGACAAUUUAUUUGGCUUAAUCGCAAUAGCCCAAGCUUUUAUGUCAAAAGGCAUAAGCAGCCAAUCAAAAAUUGUCCAAAAAAUUACAGUAGGUUCCUGCAUGAUGUUUUAUGGGCUUUUCCGAAAGCAAGCCCGAAAGCAGCAAACACUAUUUAAUGCUCAAGCGACCCCCGAAAUUGUCCAAAUUUGUUUUAAUGCUCUGGACUCCCAGCUUGGCCAUAUGAUGCUAAAAGUAAUUCUCCCUUCAAUAGAAUUCAAUGAGAUGAUUUUUAUCCCAAGACUUGCCAAUCAUGUCCUGUCCUCUUCUUUAUACCCCACCCAUGAUAAAUCACAAACAGCCCACUACCUUAACGUCAUUAACAAAGAACCUCAUUUAUCAGGGUCAAAAUUCUCAUUAAGCUGGGAUCCAGGCAGAAUAAGAGUCCCAGUCAGAGUUUUGUCAGCUUUUAAAAUAGAAAAAAUUUCCAAAGAAAAAGAAGAAGCAAAAUUUUGUGGCUGCCGCCCAGAAAGACCUCUUAGGGGAGCACAAAUGAAUAAAUUGAUUUUACAUGUCCACGGAGGAGGAUUUGUGGCGAUGAGCUCGUAUUCUCACCAAAAUUAUACCAGAAUUUGGGCGAAUGAGCUGAAAAUUCCUUUAUUUUCUGUUGAUUAUAGACUAGCUCCUCAGCAUCCUUUUCCAGCUGCUUUGGACGAUGUGUGGCAGGUUUAUACGUGGCUUAAAACUUAUGCUGAACAAUAUUUAGGAAUUUUGCCUGAAAAAAUUAUAUUAGUUGGAGACUCGGCUGGGGGGAAUUUAAUUCUUGCGCUUACUAUUAAAGCGAUUUUAAUGAACUUUCCGCUGCCUUCUGGGCUGUUAGUUUAUUAUCCAGCCAGCAAUUUGGCAAGAGAUGACCAGUUCAGCGAGUCUUUAUUGUGAAGUUUAGAAGACCCUUUAUUAUCCCACAAUUUUUUGAAAAUUUGUUUGGACUCUUAUUUAAAAGACACAAACCUUGACAAAAGACAUCCACUGAUAUCCCCGUAUUAUGCUGAUAAUUCAAUUAUUUCGAAAUUCCCACCUGUGAGGAUUUUUACUGGGAAUCUUGAUCCUUUGCAUCAUGAAGCUUUGAGGUUUGCGGAUAAAUUGAUAAGUAAUGGGGUCAAUACCAAACUAUUUAUAUAUACCUAUUUAUUAUUAAUGGCAGGAAGGCGAGGCAUUACAUUUUUUUUUUCAAAGUAAUAAAAAAUGGUUUAUAUCCUGACGUGUAUCAUGGAAGUUUGAAUUUUUAUGCAAGAGGAGGUAUCAAAGCUUGCAAAAAAACUAUUGAUGAUGGAAUUGAGAUGUUUAAUGAGUUAUUUAAUUAUGAAGAGCCUGCCCCUGAAAGUGCAACUCUUGCAGCAAUAGCAUCGAGUUUAAGUUUAUAA